AAUGGAUGGCGUCAGAGCUAACACGCAAUUCCAUGCAAAAGUUGACCCAAUGAAUAUGGGCAAAACUUAGUAUCAAAAUGUACAACUCCAUAAAAUGGAGACACAAAUAUGCACAACGAAUUCAACUUAUACAGAUUAUAAUCGAACAUUGAACGAGACAAAUUUUACAUUGUAUGGAUUUGACUUUGAUAGAAACGACAGUACCACUUCGAGUGCGACGGAAUCUGUAUAUAAUCUAUGGGCACUGUCACUAAUAGUGUUUCCCCUUUUAACUCUGUUUGGAAAUGUGCUGGUAAUUUUAAGUGUGGCUAGGGAAAAGAGUUUACAAACUGCUACAAAUUACUUUAUCGUCAGUUUGGCGGUAGCCGAUUUGCUGGUGGCGGUAGUUGUGAUGCCUUUCGGAGUUUAUUAUUUGGUGAACGGUGUCUGGGGUCUACCAGCCGUGGUAUGUGACUGCUACAUCGCGAUGGAUGUCACAUGUUCCACAUCUAGCAUCUUCAAUCUUGUCGCCAUCUCAGUGGACAGAUAUAUAGCAGUUACACAACCAAUAAAAUACGCAAAACAUAAAAGCAACCUUCGCGUGUGGCUGAUGAUCGGUGUCGCCUGGCUUGUGUCUGCCGCUAUCGGCUCACCCGUGGUCUUGGGACUCAACAACACACCAGAUCGCAGUGAACACCAAUGCCUUUUUAACAGUACGGACUACGUGAUUUUCUCAUCACUGGGAUCCUUCUACAUACCUUGCAUCAUUAUGAUGUUCUUGUAUUAUAGGAUUUUUAAGGCAAUACGACAGCGCGCAAAGAAGCAACGCGUUGCUAAAACGACUUCGACACUCAGUUCGGCCGUGUCAACUGGUGCAACGGCUGUCAUAAUUGAGAACGUUGCGCAUGCGCAUAGGUUUAAUAUACCAGAAGACAGAGCGACCAACACAGCCUCCGGCAGCAAUGACGAUGAUGAUGAUAACUACGAUAAAACAGAGAUGGGUGAAUAUGCUGAAGAGCUGGCGAGAACGAGGUCAGCUCGGUUCAUGCUAGCCGCCGUCGUCGAAGAGACUGGCCUAAUAAUGGCAAAUCUAGCAUCACCAAUACCAAUGAUAGAUCCCAACACAAAUAACGAUUCAGGCUAUGUUCCCUCCAAUAUGGACUUGGAGAAGGAGCAUUCACCCCCUCCUUCACCCAACCGUGAGGAGAAGAAAGAAGAGAGGAAAGGAGAAAGGAGAAUCGAUGUACCAAAGAAACCUGAGUUGAAAAAAAAGUUGAGCAGGAUAAGCAACAGCUCGUUAAUAUCAACUCCGCGCCGAAGGUUCAGAAGUGCAGCGUCUGCAGCAAGAUUUACCAUCUUCAAAGCGAACAGGGCUGGAAAAAUGAGGGCCAAAUCUUUCGCCAAGAAAGAAAAGAAAGCGACUCAGACACUUGCUAUUGUACUAGGGGUAUUCCUCUUCUGCUGGGCCCCAUUCUUCACCUGCUCAGUUCUGGAUGCUCUCUGCACCAAGUUCGGAUGGAGCUGUUCACCGGGUGUCACCGCCUUCAUCCUAACAACUUGGCUUGGCUACAUCAAUUCCUUUCUCAAUCCCGUGAUUUAUACAAUCUUUAAUCCGGAAUUUCGUAAGGCGUUUAGGAAAAUUCUUUAUUGUUCUUAAUGCGUUGUGGAGAAUCAAAUCAAGUAGCGGGCUAAAAAGAUUGUAAGCUAACAUAGAAAAAGUAUAUUAAUUUUACUAUGUAGUUGCCUUCGAGACUAAUAGAACGAUUUUCGAUACAAUUUUUAUAGUGCGAUUUGGCCAUUUAUCUAUUAUUCUAUUGCUAUUACCUCUUCAUCACCGCAAAAUUUCUGCCCAGCGAGCAUUCUCUUGACCGAACGCGAUGGAGACUAACUGUGGAUGCCCUCUAACCCAUCUAGGAGUUAUAGGACAUUAAGUCCGAGCAUUCUUUUAAGGUCUGAGUACACUAACAGUAGCGCCAUCUAUAUGUCAGCCUACGAACUUUUCAGUCCACGUAAUAAAUUUAAUUGGAUAAACGUUAAAAUAUAAUAGAAGAGUAUUUUACUAUUGUGACACAUGUGAAAUAGAUGAAUGAAGGAACUCUUUCGUAUUGGAGCUGAAUCCAAUCCCCGUAUAGUUUCACGUACUUAAUCGAGCUUUACAUUUUGUAUACUUUUAAUACUUAUCACGGGAACACUUCUAACUUGGGUAAAAACUAGUAACUACAUAUUUUCCUGUACCACUGAUUAUCCCAAUCAAUUUGUUUCAUAAAGGGAAAUUACGCCUGCAGUACCUUUAAUUCCCGGUUAGAACAUAGGUAAUAGCAAAAAAUUUCAGGUUGAUUGUGCCUACACUUCUUUGUUUAAAUUACCCAGCUUUGUUAUUUAUUUAUAUUCAAUUUUUUUAUAUAUUUAUCAGCUAGCUGCAAGACUUUCCAGACUAAACGAAUCUUCUAGUCUUUUCCAAAUUGUAAUUGGUACCAAUAAACACAUUUCCUUCUCCAAUAAAUCGAAAAGAUUGUAAAAUUGAAUGUCUAUUUUAAUACUGGAAUCUGUAAAUAUGUAAAAAACAUUAAUUGGUGUAAAAAUUGUUGUUGUAAUUGUCCGUGUAAUAGAGAUUAUGAUAUCGCUUAACCACCUAAUUUACUUAGUAGGGCUACCACAGACACGGAGAUCUAAUGAGAUAUAUGGUUUUUAGUUUAGUUCAUAUGAGAAAUUCUGUGACAACCCCUAACAUUUGCGUAUGCCGUAAACGUCUCCGGGGGCUUAGUCAAGAUGCCUUAACAGUAGUGUAUGUAAGAAAGUAGAAAACUAAAUGUUAUGUAUGAAAAUUUGUCGACACGAAUUAGUUAGUAUGUCUAUAUGUACUCUGUUAGGGAAUUUUGACUAAGUUUAGUUUUAUUAACUAAUUGAAUAAACAAACUUUAAUCUACUCUGUGUUAGCCUAAACUUCCUUCCCGCGGUUGUGAAACAAUUAAAUUAAUUAGAGUUAUUAAGAUUUGUAAUUGAAUGUAUACGAUUUCUAUUAAUGUAAAAGAUGAACAACUUAUUUCUAUGAAAAUUACACUAAUGGCUUGUUGGGAACGACGCAUUCCCGUAAGGAGGUUAAAUUUUUGUAAUAACUCAAAAAGCAUUUUGGAGAAAUAUUUUUAUCUUUUAAGUUUCAAAAAAGAAAAAAUAUAUGUAAUAUGGUCCAAAUUUAAGUUUGUACUUUGAGAUUAAAAAAUUUGUUAUUAUAAUAUGUGUGAGAAUUUUUCCACUAAAAAGCCUUAAACACCUUAUAGGAAGAAAUCUAUUGGUUUUCUGUCCUGUA